AUGUCAGAAUCAUCAAGAAGUAUCAACCAUAAGUUGAAUGAGCUUUUGAGCAAAAAUAAUAUCAGUAAAGCAAAACUAGAUGAAGCUACAGCAUUAUCCUAUGCAACGAUUCUAAAGACCAAUAUAUUGGGUAAAGAUAAACAAGAGAAAGUGAAUUCAAUAGUGGUAUUGGCAAAAUUAUUAGACUGUAUUAUUGGCAGUGAUGCGAUAUCCGACGAAUUUGUUCAUAUUUUGGAUCACACCUUAUUUCAAACAUUGUUUUCCAUAGUCAGUGCCAAUAUGUCGUCAGAAACUUAUAAGGCUAUUUUAAAAAUCCUGGUAAUUGAUAUUUCUGGGACGAUUUUCCGCGAUAAAGACGAUUCUAUUGAGAAAUACUUGCCUUUGUAUGAAUCUUUGAUUGAAUAUCUCGAUGUCAUUGAUAUAAUAACCAGCAAAUUGUUUUUGCAGGAUAAUAAAAUAACUUUCAACUCGAUUAAAUUGGUCACUGAUUUGAUCACCAAAAGUUUGAAAUUUGAAUACAGUGGCAUCAUUACUUUAACUGGGAGAUUGAAACACGUAACUUUCUUCAGUACGGUAGGAAAUUUAUUAGAAACGGACGACAAAGCCACUAUAGAAGCCAUUGAGAAUCUAAAAGUUGCAUACCAUAAGUUGAAUCAACAUUUAGGGGCCACUAGAUUUGAUAUGUCAAUCAAACCUCAUCAAACUAUGUUAAAUAAUUUGUUUAUAUUUUUAGAAACCUCAUUGAAUGAGUAUGGUACCCCAGCCACUACCGAAGAAUACGUCAAGGCGGGCUUUACCGAUAAUCCUCGUCAAUUUGUUGUUGAGAAUUUUUCAAUCUUGUUGGCUAUGAACUUGAAGGUUUUCUUAAAAGAUCCAAAUUUCACAUUUAAGAAAAGAUUCCAUGAAGAAUUAAUGAUGAGUGAUCAUGCAAGAACUUUCCCAUUGUAUCAAUUUAUUUCUAAAUGUACUGAAUUAUGGACGGAUAUUUUUGAGAAAGAGAAUGAAUUCCCCAAAAUUAACUCGGCGAUCUUGAGUUGGGAUUUAAUGAUUUAUUACACCAUGAAUCAUGGAUUGGUUUUGUGGCAAGAAACUAGGGCUCAAUUGGAUAACAAAGUUGAUAUUGCCAAGAUUUUCCAACUUUUGUAUUCUAACAUUGAGGAAAUUGAAAAGAGUGGACAAAGUAUUGAUGAGGCAUUGGCAUCGGAAGGAGGUGCCAUUGGUGAUGUAAGACAUUUUCAAAUUAAUAAAAUUGAACAGUCAUUAAAAGAAAAAUGGGCUGGUAAAUUAUUUGAUUUCUACAAGGAAUUAGACAGAGAAGUUCAUGAAUUUGUUAGAGAACAACGUAUUUUGAAGUUAAUGGAAGGAAAUAUGAUUACUCUUAACAGCAACACAGGCAGCAACCAAAUUUUACUUCGCUUGACACCGAACCGUCAAUAUCUUGAAUCGGAAGAUAAUUCAAUUAAAGUUCCAGUGGUUGAAAUUGUUGACAUUAAAAUCGUCAAUGUUGGUGGUGCUACUGGAGUUGACAAAAAAAGUUUGGUUUCCAUCAAGUCAAACCUUUACAGAAUAACCCUUAUGGGUAAGGAAAAUAAGCAUUUAUUAUCAUUUUUCUCUGAUACACAAUCAGCAUUUGAUGGGUUGACCAUGAUGCUUGGGAAAGGGUCGGUUUCAGAAGAAACAACAAAACAAAUUGAUACAUUAAUUGAAAUUAGAUCAAAGACCCAGUUAUUAGAUUUGAAUGAGAUUGAUAAUAGUGAUGACGAAGAGGAUGAAGCAGAUGAAGAUGCUGAUGAGGUUCUUGAUGAUUUGUUAGAAGUGAUAAGUGAAGAUUUCUACUACAAGUAG